AGCGACAGAGGAUGGUGUGAGAGGAGGUGGCGGAGGGAACCCUCCGCAUGAAGAGGAUGAAAGGAAAAUCGGAGGCGGUGAUGGGCGGGGAUGGAGGUGACGUCGGAGAACGUGCCUCGGGAAAGAGGUUGUCGAAGGAAGAGGGUGAGACGGCAAGUAAGAAAGCGAGGAGGUCCGGCGGUUUGACCAUCCGCAAAGGACAAGCCAUGGGUGGAGGAGAUUUGGCUAAUCGAGGCGCUGAGGCCGCGAGAGAACCUUCGGGAAAAUCGAAACGGAAAGUGGCAGCUGAAGAAGGCGAUGGCCAGAAGAAACCUCGAAUGCGGAAGACUGUCGAGGCGGCGAGCGGUGGCGAACGGCCUGUCGGUGAGGAGUGCGACGAAGCGGCAGCGUUCUGGCUCGAAUACGAGCGGAACGAUGGCGAUGAAAUCGUGGAGAAGGAGCUCCCCGUCCAGCUGCUCAUCGACCCCAGGAAGGUCUGCGACAUCCUGCCUUGGGAAAGAUAUUACAACCACCGCAGUCUAAAUCGCGAAACUGUGGACGACAUCAAGGAUGCGAUGCUGAGUCAAUUCCGCGAGAAAAAGUGGAAGAUCUGGACGAAAAACCCUCUGGUUUUGGCACCCAUCUACAAGCCGGUGACGCGUAGGCCGGAGAAAGCUGACAGGGCUUACAAAGAUGUCUUCAAGCCAGAGGACAAGGACAAGUACUACUAUUACCCUGUUAACGGACAACACACCGUGGCUGCUGUGAAAGAGUUGGAGGGUGAGCCAAUAUUCGAUUUGUGGAAGAUGCACUCGUGGCCGGCGAGAGUAGUGUGGUUCUCCGACCGAGAUUUCGCGGGGUAUAGGCAGGUCAGUCUCAACGAGAACACGAGACACAAGAUAUCUAAGCAACGAUCGCAGAAGGCCGCGUUCUUGGACAUGCGGGAGACAUGGGAGAAUGAAGGAAGGCCGGUGGCUAUUCAAGGGAACCCUUCCGGCAAGGAGGCCAAAAAACGAGCGUUCUUCAAAUUCCAAAAGCUGCUUUUGGGAAAGAGUCCGAACGAAGCUCACUGGACGUUGGCAAAAAAAAAUUUGUUGCUCGCCGACAAGGAGUAUGUCGCUGCCGUUGGCAAUGCAUUGAGGCAGUGGAUGCCGCUCGUGACGGCCGGUGAUGACGUUUUCCGCAAAGCCAUGGAGUUCUACGCGAAAUGGGCGGAGGGGAAGUUGUUGGGCGGUGACGGCAAGACGCCAUUGUCGAGGUCGGGCAAAUACAUACCAGACAAAUCUUCGGGUCUGCAAGCAAUUCCGGAAAUUGGCUUGAAAGGGGCGGCUGGUGAAACGAAGAUGGGGUGGCCGGUCCGGGUCCCGCCGCCUCCGACCAAAAAGAAAAUGCAAGCGGACGACAAGUUUUUCGUGGUUGUGAAGGAGCCAGACAUGUUCUGUUGGCAGUGUCUCGCCGACAUGACCGAUGUCGAGAAAUUGUCGAUCCUCGACGACAUUCUCGCACUAAGGGGAGUGUUCGUGCAAUCCGCGGGCGGGCAUCUGAAGUGUCAGCAUAAACCUGGAAUUAAAGACAUGGUCGCGACGAGGAAAGUGGACCGUGUGAUGCUCCGUAUGUUCCACUACAUCUUGUUCCUUGAAACGGAGGAGGACGAACGUGUUUGGCGCUACGGGAGCCAUUUUUUCCGGACCAAGGGGCGGCUUCUGGAGGAGUUCGGGACGCAGGGCCUCACGAAACAGGUGUUGGUCGAAAUGCGAAAGCAUUUCGAGGGCACGGUGGAGUACGUGAACACUUGCAAAUGUACUCUUCCACACGAGAAGGAGUCCCUCGACGACGCGAAGAGAUUGUACGAUGAUGACAGGUUCCCGAAAUCUUUCGAAAAGUUUGUCCGUUCCAUCUUGCGACAGACGAAAGAAGAAGUUCGAGACACGAUAAGGGCCAGCGGGGAUGUGAGGCACAUCAAAUGGCCCGACCUUAACCGGGUGACCAGCCUUAUUCCUUUCGCUUUCCCGCCUUCCCAAGCUCACAGUCAUGUCACUGCGAUUCGUGAGGUUGUGCGACAUUACGUGUGCAACCUGUGGGUCCUCGAUUUGUGUGAUCCCACACUCCUCACAGACUGGUGAGAAGAUGAUUUCGCAAACUUGCAAGGCGUUCUCCAAACAUGUU